CUUCCGACAGACACGCACCCGAGUCCAGCGCAAUCGCCCACCGCAGAGCUCAGUGCCGGGAUGGAUGUGUUUAUGAAGGGCUUGUCCAAGGCAAAGGAAGGGGUUGUUGCUGCAGCAGAGAAGACCAAGGAAGGGGUAGCGGUGGCCGCGGAGAAGACCAAGGAAGGCGUGCUGUAUGUUGGAAGUAAAACUCGGGAAGGUGUAGUACAAGGUGUGACUUCAGUUGCUGAGAAGACAAAGGAGCAGGCAUCCCACCUGGGUGGAGCUGUCUUUUCAGGAGCUGGCAAUAUUGCAGCUGCCACAGGACUGGUCAAGAAAGAAGAAUUUCCAACUGAUGUGAAGCCCGAGGAGGUUGGUCAAGAAGCAGUGGAGGAGCCUCUGAUAGAGCCACUGUUGGAACCCGAGAGUGAGAAUUAUGAAGAGCCACCGCAGGAGGAAUAUCAGGAAUAUGAGCCAGAAGCAUAAUGGCCACAGCUGUUCCCGACACUUCCACCAGCAGCACAAUAACAAUAAUUUCUUCUUCCCUAUCCACAUCCAUCUCUCCAAGGGAAGGUCUUGAUGCAGAUGCUAAUGGAGAGAAUCCCCCAUACCCCAUCCUGUCAUGAGUUCUUCCUCCAGUUCUGCUCCAAGAGACCUCAUCAGGAUCAGUGUUUUAUGUAUUGUGGUCUUUAGCGUUAAAGAGAAAGAAUACUGAAGACAAACCGCGACCGCAGUGGUUUGUGUACAUGUGUACAUUUCAAAGCCCAGCCUUACUGCCUGUCUCCCUCCCAGUGCAGUAAGGCCAGAUUUCAUGUGUCUGUAAGCAGCAUGUUGUAUCUUCUCUGUUUUUAAACAGAGCACUCCAUGUCCUUGACUGGGACCUUGCACUGGGCCCACUGUACAUUUGCUUGCACGUGAAUCAUGUCAACUCCGUUCCAUUAUCAUUGGAACUUUUUUUUAAAAAAAAAUCUCUGUCCUGGUCAUGUAAAAUAGACUUCCUGAUUUUAACGGUGCAGAAGUUGUGUCUAUGUAUCCUAAACAAAAGGAGCAUCUUUCCUUUCCUGCCCCCAGCACUCUGUAUAUUUUGACUGUGGCAUGGAUAUAUACCUCCCACUGUCGCUGUGUGUGCAGUCCUGGGUUGCUGCCAGUGAUGCAGCUACCCAUCUCCAUGAAUAAAGCCAAUUCUUGACUGUAGCGGUUUUUCUGCUUCCACGUGGUUCAUAGGUCAAGAGGGAGAGCAGUUAACCUUUGCUUUUCUGAGAACAAGGUAGUUUUCAAUGGGCUAAGUGUCCACAUUGCUGACCUUUCAAGGCUUUGAGAACAGUAUAUUUUGUAAUGUCUAAGGGAAGCAGCUGAUGUUGCUUCUUACAAACUAACACAGCUUCAGUGAUUUUUUUCCAAAUUAAAGUAUAAGCAAUCAGUAAGUAAAAUGGAACAUCCAUUGGAAGUGCUGAAAAAGCCCCUUCAGCAGGUAUGUUUUUUCAUCCUAGAUGAAUUAAGCUAGAGGUCUUAAAAUUGAACUGCCAAUAUUGUAUCCACCUCUAUUGUGCAGUCAUACUUAAAUCAGAACUCUAUACGGUACAAGAUUUUAAAAAAUAAACUGUAAAGGUAGAAAACAUAUAGAAAAUAGUCAAAGGACAGAAAUACCUUUUCUGAAAAAUUGUAACAUUUAGGGCUUAGAACCUUAUGGAAAGAAAGUAAGGAAUAUAAUUAUGCAUGGUGCAGAGAAAGUAAAAAUAUUUUUUCUCCUUCUCUUAUAAAAAUAGAAUCUAGGCACUUCCAUUGAAGCUGAUUUGCAGGAAAUUGAAGAUAGAUACAACGUAAUUUAUAAAAUUUUCUGUCACAAGAAACAGUAGUUUAGACUACUUUGUGACACAAAUUCAUUGGAAAUGUUUCGUUAGAUAUCAUUAAGCCAUAAAGCAGCUUCAGUCCCAUAAGCUAUCACUAGGCAACCAUUAUCAGAGAAGGAAAGUAUUUGCAUUAUUGUAUUUAUUGGCUUCUCAGAGGCAUCUGAUUGGUGAUUGCUAGAGACAGAAUGCUGUACUAGAUAAGCCCUAGAUCUGAUCCAAGAGAGCUAUUGUAGUUUAAAGAUAAACAUGUCAAAACACACACACACACACAUCCCUAUUCGGCCUUAAAAUAUUAGGGCAACACUGUCUUCUGAGAUAAUAAUUAUUAGAAAUUAAUACAGUCCAGUUAACAUCAAAGCCUGCUUAUAAGUAGUCGAUCUAGUAUCCAAUUCCAAAACAGUUCCACUGCCAUUAAUUAAGAAUAAUGCUAUUCAUGUGAUUGAUGAAGACAGUAUAUAAUAAAUCUUGAUUAAAAAGAUAUUUUACUUACUUUUAGUGGGAAAAUCACGCUUCAGAAAAACUGCCACAGAGCAGAAAAAUGUGUGCCUUCCACUUUGAAAUGAGAUAAAAUUUAAAGUCUUUUUAACCACAAAAUCUAUUUUUGUGGCUUGAAAUCCCUAACAAUUUACCAAUAUCUGAAUAGUUGCUAAUAACAAUAUUGUAGCUGCUAAUUUUCAUGUUAUUUUGUUAAAUUAUAGAUGGCUUAAUAAUUUGUGGAGUUUCUUAUUACAACUUUUAUUUUAAAAUCAAUACCAAUCUUACAUUGUCUCCCUUUCCUGUGAUAAAGCUUUCUCGAUAAACA